UUGAUAACAAAACAAAUUCUAAUUCAGCUUUCUUGUAACGUUCGACCCAAUACAUGUUUAGGCUAUUGUACGAUUACUAAAAGAUUGAGGGAAGGUUUCAUUAAAGAAGCUUAAUAAACGCAUAAUUGCAAUCGCUGUGUAGCCUUCACAGUUCACGCAUGUACGGAGUGUUCAAAUGGGUGCACGUGAAGUCAUACCUGAGUUUGCGCAUUACCGCCUUGCCGUUGUAAUUUCAGCACGUCAAUAAAAAUGAACUAUACCAGAGUAAACUUCGCUAUUUCUGAACACGCAUGCGUUGUAGCGUUCGCGUUAUUCAUAGUAUCUGAAGAUGAUGCACGAAAAUCAUUGCAUAGUUUCAAAGGACUCGAAAACUUGAACGAUCUUAACCAAACCUAGAAUGGAGGGACAGAAAUGUUUCGAAACGUGUCGGCUCUGCGCGGAGGAGCAAGAAGCUACCGUUUUAAUAUUUAGCGCAGAAGCUGAAGCUAUGCUACUUCAGAAUAAAUUGAAUAAGUACCUGCUUAUCGAGGUAGAGGAAGAUGAUAGGUUGCCUAAAAGCAUUUGUGUCCGAUGCUGUUCCAAACUACAAAUGGUUUGUGACUUUAUUGAUACAGCUAGAAGAGCACAGGAUAUCUUGACACAGAAAGCUGCAGAAGUCGAGUUAAAUGAACAAAUUUUGUAUAACAUAAAAACUGAAAAUGAUUGGUCAGAUAAUGAAUCUAAAAUAAACACAAUGGAGGUGAAUGUUGAUCCGAUGAUGGUGCUGCAAAACUGUGAAGGUGCCAUGUCACCGCACAGUAAUGACGUAAACAACUCCAACGAUUCCGAGGAUGUCACGUACAUGCAUGCAGUUGACAGAGAGGAUGUUACUAUAAAAUUAAUUAAGAAGUAUCCGGAUACUUGUGACAACGAGGAUAAUGAAGAUACAAAUAAACCAUUUUCCUGUGUUAUCUGCAAUAGAAGUUUUCUUUCUGAAUUUGCUCUGAAAAACCACACAUGGAUUCAUGACAAGGAGGAGGGAGAUAAUGUUAAAUAUACCUGCAAUGAAUGUGGUGUACGCUGUGUAUCUAAAGCCACUUUGUUGACUCAUUUGAAGAAGCACACCAAAAGGGGACAGUGUAUGAUUUGUGGAAGAGUGUUCCGCACCCAAACUAAUCUUGACUUACAUAUGGCCAACCACACAUUGGUAGGGAAGUCAUUUGUGUGUAAAGUGUGUGGACGAUCAUACAACACACAUAGCUGCCUGAAGAAUCAUAGCAUUGCCCAUAGCAACGAGAGGCCAUAUAAAUGUCAUAUUUGUAAAAAGGGUUUCAAAAGGAACCAAGAUCUGAAGUUCCAUAUAAAUCAACACACAGGCGCUAAACCAUAUAAAUGUCCUUUCUGUGAUAAAAGUUUUGCCAGCUCUGGUAAUUGCUACUCGCAUAGAACAAGGAUGCAUCCCGGUUGGAAGUUGGAGGGAAAGGUGAAAAGAAGAGGUCCUGUUGAGACUCCACCGAACAUGAUCAGAACAAUCGUCCCAAAGUCAAACAACAAUCCAAAUGUAUUGAAGUCAGUCAUGAAAUAUCAGUGUAACGUAUGCAGCCAUACAUUCCUGAGGAGAGAUAAUUAUGUGUACCACAUGUAUCAGCACACAGGCAAGAAACCAUUCCAGUGUUCAUUCUGCACAGAAGAGUUUGUUACAAGAAAAGGAUUAUUUUUGCAUCACGCAAAGGAACAUCCCAGCAAGAAUAGACCUCUAGGAUUAGUGUCAAAAAAUAUUUUGCUGAAUUAGUACCAAAGAGUAAAGACAGUACCAUGUUUUAUGUAUAUUUUAUUACUCUAUGAUGUAACACUUAAAUCUUGAGCUUAAGCAUAGAGUAAUAAAAUGUAUGGCUGGUCUCUGGCUUAAGUAUAUUUUAACAUUGACUUUAAAUUUGCAUGAUAUGAUAUUUCAUAUUGUGUAAUGAAAUUGUAUGUCAUUAUAACAAUGUAUAGGAAGCAAGUACACUAGCUAACAUUCUUGUAUUAAUAAUUAUUGGUAGGUUUAAAGUAGCUGAAGUGCAAAGGUUUGAUUGUGAUAAAUCAUAAAACAGUAAUUUUAAUUUUGCAGUUAUGCUUGUUAACAUUUAAUGCUCAAGAUAGCAUGUGUUUGCUGAUUAUCAGGUAUUGGUUGUAAAAUAUUUUUAACAUUGCUAUGUUU